AUCUUUUUGGUUCCCAAAAAGAAUGGCACAUCCCGUUUGGUCAUAGACUUAAGAUCUCUCAACCGUUAUAUCCUGUAUCGGCAUUUCAAAAUGGAAAAUAUCGAAGUAGUAAAAUCACUACUUCGACCCAACAAUUAUAUGAUAUCCAUAGAUAUCAAGAAUGCAUUCUUAAAUAUUCCAAUAGCAAAUUAUUGGGUUUUACAAUCAACAACGAAAAAUCAUCGUUGGUUCCAACAAAUGCCCUAGAAUAUCUUGGUUUUCAUAUAGAUUCAAAAAAUAUGACAAUUUCCCUUCCUCGUUACAAAAUCAAAGAUACAAUACGGGAAUGUCAAUCCAUAUUAAAAAAGCAAGAAAUUCAUAUUCGAAAACUUGCAUCUAUUAUUGGAAAACUUAUAUCUACCACAAAUGCAGUAUUUCCAGCACGUUUAAGGUCUCGAGCCCUGUUACGCGACAAAAAUAUUACUUUAAAAAAAUAUGAAUGGGAUUCUAUGCUUACACUAUCAACCGAGAGCAGAGCACAAAUAACAUGGUGGAUAAACGAAUUACAGAAAUGGAACGGGAUAGCAAUAUUACAGCAACUCCCAGAAAUAACGAUUUACACAGACGCAUCCCACACUGGUUGGGGAACGGUUCUAGAAAAUUGUCUCAUUUCCGGAAAAUGGUCACCAAUAGAGCAAAAUCUUCAUAUCAAUGCCCUGGAAGCUCUAGCAGUAUUCAAAGCACUCAAACGCCUCAAGGACCCUCAGAAAAAUCAGCAAAAUAAUAGAAUCAAUAUGGGACUUCGCCUUAGAAAAAUCAAUAAGAAUACAUGCAGUUCACAUACCAGGCAAAAACAACAUACUGGCAGACUGGGAGUCAAGGCACCUCUACGACAGACACGAUUGGGAAAUUCACCCUUAUCUAUUCGAUCAAAUAAUAUCCAGACUUGGGCCAGCACAAAUCGACCUAUUUGCAAAUUCCGACAAUUCAAAACUCCCAAGGUUUUUUUCUUGGAGAAACGAACCAGGCACAGAACAGAUAGACGCAUUCACAAUGUCAUGGACAGAAAUAUUCGGCUUCAUCAACCCUCCGUUGGUCCUAAUGCACAAGGUGCUAGCGAAGAUUUUACAGGACAAAGCGAAAAUGAUAUUAGUGUUCCCCUUUUGGAAAUCUGCGCCAUGGUACCCAACUCUGGUGAAGAUCAUCAAAUCGAAACCAAUACAGAUUCCGAGUUGGGCAAUCCUUCCAGGUCAACGGUCACACAUACAUCCAAUUCGCAACCCCAAAUGGAAAGUUUACAUAGCACUUGUCUCAGGGAAUCUCUCCAGGAACAGGGAUACUCAGAACAAGUGUUUGAACUGGCUUCAAAAGCCCUUGAUCCUAUAGCAUCGUCUACUGUAUCAUCCAAUAUUCGUAUAUGGCAAAAUUGGUGUAAAGAGAAAAGUUUAAACCCAAUAAGCUGUGGAAUAAACGAAAUUACAAGUUUUUUACAUUACCAAUUAUCAAUCGGUAAAGCCUACAACACAAUAGCAGGAUACAGAACUGCCAUCAGCGAAAUUCACCAAAAAAUUGAUGGUACAAAAAUUGGGUCCCACCCUAUAAUUGUAAGAAUAAUGAAAGGAAUUUGGGCUUCGAACCCCCCUUUACCACCUUUAGAUGACGUAUCAGAUAUAGUUCCUUCAUUAGACACUAUUAUUAAAUGGGGAAAUAAUGAAAAUUUGCCUCUACUUCAACUUAACAAAAAAACCGCCUUUCUAUUAGCAAUCACCACAGGAUCUCGUCCCUCAGAUCUCUGCAGAUUAGACAUGACAUCAAUCUCCCGCUCCAGAGGAGGCAUUAACAUUAAAUGCAUUAUGCCUAAAGAAGCCAAGAUAUCAACAGCAAAAGGGGGGAACAAACGAUCAAAAAUUGUCUUUAUAGGAAAAUAUGACGAUGAACCCCUCUUAUGCCCACUUACUACACUAAACUGUUUGAAGGAAAGGAUAGAUCACCUUAAUAUUCCAACAGAAUCAAAAAAACACCUGUUCAUUAGCUCUCGUAUCCCUCAUAAGCCAGUAUCUGUUGAUACCAUUUCCAGAUGGAUAAAAGAGAUAUUACAUCUCUCAAACCCAGAUCUUACAGCUAAAGACACACGUGCUCUAUCAGCAUUCUUUGCCCAAAACGCCGGAGUUGACUUGCCAACAAUUCUGGCAUUGGGGAACUGGUCAAGUAAUGAAGUCUACCAACGCUUUUAUCAAUGUGGGAUUCGUCUCAUGCUAGAACGCAACAACCUACCAUCUACAAUCAUUAACAAAGCAAGAAAUCUGG